CUGCAAUGAGUGAACCGGGUACAGAAUCUAACUCAAUAAAAGAAGAUAUAGAUGAAUUAUGUGGGACAAGUUACGAAGUUUCAUCUGAUUGUGAAGCCUCAAGUGAUAGGCUUAGAGACUCCCGAAAGUGUCGGAAUUCUGUUAGUGAUAAGUUUGGUUCUGACAGCCGGUUGGACGAAAGUUUAAAGGAUACUGUAAGCAAUUAUAGUUACGAUUGGAAUCUGACGAAAUAUCAGCCACGUGGUAGCAGUUCCUGUGUCGUUAAAGAUGUCACAAAAAGUGAUGUACAAGACCCUCAUCUAAAAACCUUUACACAUGAAAAAGAAGUGUACCUGGAAGAACUAGUUACAUCGGAAGUCGAUCAAAAUAUUAAAGAGGUGUAUAUCUACCCCCCAUCUCACGGAAAUUUUCCAUCUCAGUGUCAAGGAUCAUGCAACACUACUGACAGCAACUGUGUUGACUAUGGUUAUCGUUCCGACAACGAACACUCUCCGAGAAGCAUGUCACCCAUCCAUCCCCAUGAUUUAAGUUUAAGACUCUCGUUGUGUGGUGGUUUAUCUUCAGAUAAUCCUUGUUCUGAGGGGAAGUUUGUAGAGCACAUAGUUUCUUAUGAAGAAUUUAUACGUGACCCUAACACUAUUUUAUCUAAUCCCAAUCUUGUUGUUUACUUCAAUGGACGUUAUUGCAAUUGGCAAGUAACUGCUCCUUCUAUUGUCAGUUUACUUGCCUUUCAAACACAACUACCUUAUCUGACUUUACAAAAGCUAGAAAACCAGUACCUACCCAAAAAGCAGUCUCGACGUACCUCAUGGUUCAGCUGGGGUGCAAGUCAAACACGAACUGUUGCUACAAACUCCGUAAUCCCUGCUAAAGAAGUCGAUAAUGUUGAAGAAAAACGGCUUGAUUCCAACUCACAACCACCUCAGGUACACACCACUCACAGAGUUACUAAAAUCAACAGACUUUCUUCAAGUGAAGUAUCCAGAUUGAAACUCAAACCUGGACGAAAUGAUAUUGAGUUUCGUGUCACCACAAAGUAUCAAGGGACUUGCACAUGUUCAGCUUCGAUUUAUUAUUGGCAUUGUGAUUUACUUGGACACUUGCUUCCUAUGGUAGGUCGUGAUUGGACACACUCUGGAGUUGCUCGACUGUACAACCGAGUUAAAAAUAACGGUUAUCAGUUCCUCUAUCUUUCAGCCCGAGCUCUCGGACAAGCAGGUAUAACUAGGAGCUAUUUGAGACAAGUCGUUCAGGAUUCAUCAUCCAGGUUGCCAGAUGGACCAAUACUAUUGUCUCCGAAUUCUCUUCUCCAUGCCUUCCACCAAGAAGUCAUUAUUAAUAAACCAGAAGUGUUUAAAACGAAAUGCCUUCAAGAUGCUCUAUCGGAGAACCUAUCAAUAGAUAGUUGUUUUGAACAGGCCGCAGCGCAUUUGACCGAAAUAGCUUAUUCUCUGGACUCCAACACGUUACUCUACUUCUACGCUAGGUACAAACAGGCCACUGUUGGCCCAUGCAAUGUAUCAAAACCAGGAAUUUUCGAUGUCAGUGGUCGAAAGAAAUGGUGGGCGUGGCAUGAUCUUGGGAAUAUGCCUAUCGAUGAAGCACAAAAGCAGUAUAUUGAUAAGCUACAAGAACUGAAUCCUGCAUGGAAACCAUCGAACGAGAAACAAAGAUCUGUAUAUGUCAGUCAAAUGAUCAAUUUGAACCCAAACUCAAAUGAAUCACCACUUGUAUCUGACACUGACCAUCCAAUUUUUAAUAUAAUUAAACAAAAUGAUAUAGAUUCUUUAAAUCGUUUAUUAUCAGCAAAUGGUAACGAGGUUCAUUCAACCGAUGAAAAUGGAAUGACUCCUCUUCAUUGGGCAUCGGAUCGAGGAUUCACUGAUCUAGUUUCUACUUUGGUCAAAUAUAAUGCAAAUAUAAAUGCCAAAGAUGCUGAAGGACAAACACCUCUUCAUUAUGCUUGUUCUUGUGGUCAUGAUGAAGUUAUACAAGUCUUAUUAAAAUCUAAUGCUGAUAUCUAUGCUAAAGACAAUGAAGGAAAUUGUACCUAUGAUCUGUAUGAUGGUGACUUUCAUACAUUAUUUAACGAUUACUUACAUGGAUCAACGUCCUAG